GUAACAUUGCCGGCCGCAUCGCCUAAAUCUUUUUAUAUACUUUCAACUGCUUUCGACCUCAACCUUUUUCACUUGGAUUCCCUUUUUGAUUUCUUUCGCCAUCUUGACAAGUCAAACAUGUUCAUUGAGGCCUUACUAGGGACCAGGGCCCAGAGGCUCUUCAUGGCGACUCUAUUGAUUCAGGCUAUCGUGGUGCUUGUCAUGGUUGGAAUAACGUUCAGAAUGGUGGAUGAACAUGUAUCAUUCUCUACUUCUGGAUACAAAACAUUACCUUGUUACCUGGCAUUGUUUGCUCUGGCCGAAGUAUUUGAAAUGUUCAUGGCUGCCGAUGCUUUAAGGCUCAGAAAUAUCAUUCAAUUGGUCGGGAUCUUGUUGUUCCACCUUGCUCUGAUAGUAUCCGCGGCUCUUCAAGUUCACCAAACUCGAGAUGCCCUAAUAAAUGGGUCCGUGGACUGCUCCGACCCAGAUGCUACUAACUACCUCAUUAAUUGUGAUGUUCCUGGUUCACUGUGGAGGAAGAUAGAACCUUUCCUGAUCGUCACACCCUGUAUAAUUGCGGCCUCAUGGCUGAUUAUGAUGUUCUGGAUCAAGCAGCUCUAUGGCGAGUUUGGAUGGGCCAUCUUCCAUAUUGUGGGCGCGAACCCUAAAACCAAGACUAUGUACCAGUAUUAUCAAGUCGAAAUCUGUCUUUUAAAAUUCGACUUUUUCUUCUUCACCGGUGUGACAAUGCAGCUUCUUAUCGUCGUCCUUUCCAAAAAUAGUGCGGAGUUUGGGAUAACCAUCGCCGCUAUCCCUAUCGUUUUGGGGCUCCUCAUGGGCGCUGCUUUGGCUGUCCAAAGAGAGAUUAAGUGGCUAAUGACUAUAUCGCUGGUGAUGAUGUUGGCAGCUGAGACGUAUUUAUAUAAGCUGGUCCGUUUCUACGAACCUUCAUCAACUUCACAAUACAACACGACGCGAGCUACGCUGACAGUCUUCACAAUUGUUGCAUUCCUUCUUCUCUUCGGAACUUUCGUCGUUGGUCUGAGAUGUUUCAGUGACUUCGACCGAGGCUUGCUCCCAUCCAAAGUCCAUGGUCAGUCCUACAAACCUGUUUCAACAAAGGUGGAUCUAUUUAAUAACGGAAAUAUGAGCCAACGACAGUCUUCCUACAAUGGAGGUUCGGUGCUUGCCCCUCGAAUAUCUAUCGAGUAA